GAACGAGGUGACUCGCGUCCGUCGAGAUGCACCAGGUGCCGUACAGAACGGGACGCACCUCGAGCGAAGGCCGAAACGAUAGCUUCUGGGAGCAGUCCGUGUGCAGCAGAGUGCUGCAGCCGCAAUCGCAGCCGCAGCCGAGAUCUCGCGGUCGUGCCCGUGCUCGCGCUCGCGCCCGUGCUCGCGCUCGCGCUCGCGCUCGCGCCCGUGCCCGUGUUCGCGCUCGUGCACGCGCUCGCGAUCGCGCGCGAACGCGCCGAUCGUCGUCGGCCGAUCAUCGGCGAGUACGGCUCGUCGUGGCUGGCUACGACGAGCGUCGCAAGUCCCCGCAGUGUCUGGGCCCGGUACGCGCCCUCUCCAGCGGCUACGGCGGUGCUCCGUCGUUGUUGCCGUCCAAUUUGCUCCUCAUAGGCCUGGCGCUCUGUUGUCUGGCUCUACCGGCGGUGCAGCCGCGUCUCAAUCAUCAUCAGACGUGUCCCGGCUGCCCGCAUCAGCAGCAGCCGCAGCAUCAACAGCACCAGCAACAACAGCAUCAUCAUCACCAUCAACAACAGCAUCAUCAUCAACAGCAGCAGCACCAGCAGCACCAUCAUCAUCACGUGCACGAGGGCGCGCGGGGUGGUAUUUUCAAAGACACCACCACUGCCGCGCCCAGUCCAGACGAUAUCAGGCUGGAGGCGAUCAAGCAUCAGAUCCUGACGAAACUCGGACUAAGGUCUCGCCCGGAUGUCAACAGGACGUUAGCCACAGUGCCACGGCACUUGGCAUUGGAGACCCUUUACCGGGCGGAGGCGCAAACGCCGUCGCGUUACUUCGACCGGUCGAGGGUCGAUUACGAGAGUGAGUAUCCGGGCGAGUUCCUUUACGCCGGCGACGAGUAUUCGUACAGGAACCUCGAUCAACGGCCGGAGGAGGCCACCACGACGGAGGGUAACGCCAGGUCUACCUCCAGAUCCCAUCAGGGAUAUGACGAUGUCCAGGAGGAGCUCGACGACUUCUACGCGAGGACCUCGGAGAUUAUCACCUUCGCUGAGCCCGGGCACACGUUAAACGGUCAGCCGUUGCUGGAAUUCCCGAUGUCGAGCAGCGGACCGGCAUUGGAACCCCUGAGAAUCAAAAGGGCCACCCUUUGGGCGAGAGUGGAGCUCAAGCACGCCCAUCACUAUCAUCGUCACAGCCAGAUCAACCAAAGGAACAUCACCCUCUGGGUGUUCAGAGUGCACUGCGGUAAUACGACGCAUCUCCGGGGCAAGGAGCUUGGGCAACACAUGGAAAUGGUGACAUCUCUCGUGGCGAAUGUCGGCCAGCUCGGCUGGCAGAAAUUCGACGUGACGAGAGUCGUGAGCAGUUGGUACACAGCGAGUUACUCGAAGGAUAAGCUGACGUUGCUCGUCGAUUGCAGCGGGUGCGGCUCGCACGUCCACGUAUCGACCUUCGAGGAGCAUACGCGGCACAUGAUCGAGUCGUCUUUAAAUCCGACGGGCAAUCACGAUUCGAACAGGCCGUUUCUAGUCGUGCGUACAGACCCGGCGGCUGCAAAACGCGUAAGGAGACGGGCGAUCGAGUGCAACGGCGCGAUCAAGGGCCAGUGCUGCAAGCAGAGGUUCUAUGUGAGCUUCUCUCAGCUGGGAUGGGACGAUUGGAUAAUCGCUCCUCAAGGAUACUACGCCAAUUACUGCAGAGGAGACUGCGCCGCCGGUCACAGGACGCCGGAUACGUUCCUCAACUAUUACACCCACGUGAUCGAGGAGUAUCGAAAGAUGGACCGGCUGGCCGGUAUGCAGCCGUGCUGUGCGCCCCUCAAGUUCUCGCCUAUGUCGCUUAUCUACUACGGCCCAGACUCGAACAUCAUCAAGAGGGAUUUACCAAAAAUGGUGGUGGACGAGUGCGGCUGCCCCUAGGCGCGCGUUAGGUGGACGACGUGGAGGAUGAUCGUAGAGCGAGAAUGCGCUCGCUUCGCGACGAAGUGGAAGUAAUCGCGAAGGCUUGCCGCCGAAAGUGGCAAUCGCCGCAACCUUCGGGCUCGGCCCGGCGAAUCGGUCCAGAUAACCGUCCGAAUUCUGCGAUCUGGUGAGACUCGUCUCGCGCGAAACGGAAUGCGGCGACGCGCCGGAAACCGAUCGAGCGCAGGGUGGUUGGUACCUACCCCGAGGACGACCGCCCGCCCGAAGUGAACCGGUAGUCGUGCGAGACUGCUCGGUGUGAUUCCGCUGAAACAAAUUACUCGCCACGCUGACAAUGUGACCGCACAAUGCGGUGCGAUCCGCGCCGGCGAUAG